AAUAGAGAUAGUAUGCAAAGAAAACACUAAUUAGUUGCAAACCACUAUUUGUCAAGAAGAAAACGGUCUUUUAAUCCUCGGAAUAUGUCGGCGAAGGUAAUUAGAAAUGCACUGUACCCUGAUUCGACCGUGACACUCGCACUUUUCAGAAAUGUUGACAAUGCGAAAGAACUCCGACAAUGUGUGAUGACUGGGAAAUUUGAGGCUGCGCUAUUGAAGACGUCUGUUAUUAUGGAUCCUUUCCAAGUAAUUGUGGCUGCAAACAGAGCAGUACAUUUAAACAAAGUCAACAAGAUGAUGACCAAAAAUGUUCACACAGAAAUUCUAUUCAGCUUAUCACCCACCAAAAAUAUUUCAGAAUCCUUCAGGAAAUUUGGCCUCGCUGACACUGACCAAAGUGUUAUGGUAGCCAUCACAGAUGAUGUUGAUGGGGUAGUCCUGGACUCUUUACUUACUUAUAUCCAGGGAGAACUCAUUGAUGUAGCAGAAGUGGAAACGUUAGCAGAUAUACCAUCAAUAAAAAAAAUUUACAAGAUAACUGAUGCAGAGUUAGCCACAUGCUCCCUGUCUGAUGCUGUCAUAGCCAGAAUCUCAAGCAAGGAUAUUGUGAAUGUCUGAACAAAUUACACGAACAGAGGCUGAUAUUGGAUUGCUCUGUAACAGAUUUUUCAGUAGGGCUAAUAUGUGGAGGUACACAAACACCCUAGAUUGAUUUAUCAAAGUCAGAACGAAGAAUGUCAGAAUAAUUCAGACUAUGUAAACAUAUGGAGAUAUAAAAGGAUAUAGGUCAGAUUGGUCUGUUAUAGACUCCUCAGUUUAGACAUACCGUCAGUAAUGAAUAUGUUUACUGAGAAACCUGUCUAAAGUGUAUUAUUGAUUCAGAAUAGACAGGUAUACUUGUGACAAAGGGUUUCAGUUGACUUUCUGUUGAAUCUCAUCAAUAUUUCACCUAUCAUCAGCGUUCAGACACGUUCAUUAAGUAUCAAUGAUAUUGAUAGGAAAACAUUUGGUUUUCCAUUAAUGACCUUUCAGAAGAUAAUUAGUAAGAAACUGAUUUCUAGACAAGCAGAGCAUUAAAUUCCUACAACAUAUAUUAUUUUUUUAAUGGACUUGUUUAUUUUACGACCUCAGACUUGUAAUCUCACAAACAAGAAUAGUUUGAAAAUGUCAAUUUCAAGUUUUCAGAUUGAAUGUGAUUUAUCAUAUAUUUUUGUGGUUCUCAAAUUGAGUGGUUUUCCAAAAAUAUUCUUUCUAAUCUGAUAUCAUGGAUAAGUCUUGCUCAUAAAAUCCACUGGUUUACAGUUCUAAAAUCCAUGUCCAUUUUUAGAUGUUUAUCAUUUUGUGUACAUAUAAAUGGAUUUAAAAUACCUAUGACUACAAAGAAAAUAAAUCCUCAUGAAAAUUAA